AUGUCGCAGACGAUCAGUGCUGCGACACUCAAAGCGGAGAUCAAAGCUUGGGAGAAGGCCUUCCGAGCGCAGCAUGGCCGCGACGUCGACUCCAGCGAUGUCAAGUCAGCCGGCAUGUCUGACAAGUACAAGCAAUACCACAAGCUACUCAAAGCCUCGAAAUUGGCCAAAGCGAGCAAAGGAGCGCCAGGCAAGGGCAAGGCGCGUAGUAGAGAGCGCGGCGAGAGUGCGGAUGAUGAUCCAUUCGCUGCACCGAGUCAGUCGUCGCAAGAGUCCAGAAAGGGUCUCAUGAGGAUCAGAACUCGGCCGGCUGUCGAAUCGGAUGAAGAAGCCGAGCCCAGCGACCCAACAACGGCGUACAAGACACCCAAAAGAGCGCGUUCGGGCGACUUUGUACCUCAUCUCACACCCAGCAAGUCCGCCGAGCGUCAAAACGGCACGGCAGUGCGUACGCUGUCACCAUUCAAGCGCUCACAAGCUCAAUCGGGUGCCGCGUCACAAGCAUACCAUAUCGUUCGAUCACCUUCAAAGCUUCAGACUCUGAUCUCUGCCCAUUCCUCCCACGCGGCAGAUACGCCCAGAACAAGGAUGAAGCGCUUCAUGGCUGGCGAGCAAGGUCACACGCCCGUCAAAGACACUGCUCGUGGCUCUCGUGCUGCGUCAGUCUUUGCGCCUAGCGAACCUAGCGCAUCGCAAGACGAUCCGUUUUCCGCGACUCAAUUGGCCGAACCUGCCAGUACUGCGCUUGUCGGCCCUUCGCCCGUCAAGGCAUCGCAGAACUCCAAUUUCAAGCCCCUAUUCGAUCUCUCACCUGAGAAGCCAGCGGCUCCGGCGAAAGCGGCUAAAAGGCCGUCAGCCAAGCCUAUAUUCGGGCGAGACGCAUUUGCCGCAUCGAGCUCGUCGCAGUCCACUUUUGUGGCGCUGUCAUAUGGAACAUCGGACCCGAGUGCAACGGAUACCGACGUAUCCUCGCAGAACGGCGCAGAAGCGGCUAAGCGCAAGGGGAAAGAGCGAUCAAACGAUACUCGCGUGGUGAAGAAGAAACGCGUUGACGAGCCAGAACUCGACGCGACACCUUCAGAGGUUGCAUUGCAGGACGAGAUAGAGCCUGUUCGUGUUGAGUCCUGGCAGCCUUGGCAUAGGUUCCGUCAGCAAAGAGGACAUGCCGAGAAAGUAGACGGCGACUUCAGCAGCGAUGAAGAGAGUAUGCCAUCGAGAGCACGGGCUAUGUCUAACGGCGGGAUCGACCAUACAGAUCGUGAAGUGGAGGUCGAUCCCGCUGUUCCUUCUGAUCUGGUCGAAUUGCUAUCAUUACGCGCUUCGCCACUGAAAGCGCGCAGACAGAAGCUUAUCGCGGAGCGAGACGCAAAGAUCUCCAGAAUACUACAAGAGCCGAGCAUCACGCAGAGGGAACGGCUAGCAAGAGAGCGGUCGGGCUUAGCAGAUUUAGCAGAUGACACCCAGGCACCCUCUGCGUAUCAUCACGACGCCAGCGAUCCUGACGAGAUUCAGCAUGACUCGGGCCAAGACGACGACUGGGAGAGUGAGCCUGAGGGCUGGAAAGAUCUAGACAGACUUGACGAUCUCGACUAUGACAAGGAUGUGAGCAGCGAAUGA